AAAAUCGUGGAACAGAGAGAUAAAGUAGUUUCUCGACUUCCUCGAGCUAUUUGCUGGAUACCAAAUGGCUGCGAUGAUGGGAUUUCAGCUCUCGUGGAGCAAACCGUUGUCGUUUUCGUCGUCGCUUUCUUCGCCGGACCCCAAUUCACUGCACUCAAAGCUAUCUCUCCUCUCUCUCAAACCCACUCCACAGCAGCCGCGGAAAUCGACGGUAAUCCGUAUGGGCGGCGGUCCGAGGACGUUUCCCGGCGGUGUAUCCAAGUGGCAGUGGAAGAGGAUGCAAGCGAAGAAGCAGAAACAGCUCCUCAAAGCGCGUCUAUCCCGUGAACGCCAGAUUUACGAGAUGCGAAAACGCGCCGAGCUCAAGGCGGCGGUGGCCGAGCUUGAGCGGCCAUGGGAGCCGGUUCAAAAACCGCCGAAUCUAUUCUCCGUAUGUGCCGAUGAGCAAGUCAAGGUCCUCGCGGAUCGGUUUCAGAAACCCGGCGGGUUCGAUCUCUGGACCGAUCGGGAUGGUCCGCAGCUUUUCGAGGCCGUCGAUGAUUUGCCUUCCGCUAGGUUUUUCCCCAAAGGUGUGGUUCACAGUGUGAAGCCUUAUCGGAGAUUAUCAAGCUCCGUUGGUUCAGAUGGAGAAGAGAAUCCGGCGAAUCGCGAAGAAAUUGGGGUGAAAUUCGAUGAAAUCAGCGGCGAUGGGAGGAUUAGUGGGACGCAUCGUGGUCGUAGAGUGAGGAAGAGAGUCGGGAUCAAUGGAGUAGCGAGAAAGGAAGAAGGUAAGAGGAUGGAGAAUCGUGUUAAUGGUGGCAAAUCAAGAAAGGGAACAUCUCAUUCUCAGGUAUACGAAAUGACUUUGCAGAACGAUGGGAGAUACGAAAUUGGAAGUUGAGGUAAAAGAAAGUAGCUUUCUUUGCUGUGUUUUUGUUUAUAAAUCGAAUUGAUGUCUCUGAACAUAAACGUGUAUGUAACUAUGUAACAGCUUAUAUCUCGUGCUUAUGCUAAUCAGAGUUAAAGCCAUUCAGUUUUAAGUA